AUGAAGAAGACGACCCUACACCACAUCUGCACCAACAACCAACCAGUGGAGAUAGUGAACAAUGUCAAAGACCUCGACUCUCUCUGCCAAACCGCAGACCCAAAAGCAGCUACAGACAGUGGUAGUGGAAAAGGGUCCAGUCUAAUAGAUCCUCUGCAGUAUAACACACGGAUGACGUCUAAGAGUGUUGCUGUCUUCAUUGCUGUGAUAUGGUUUCCUCCAAUUCUUGUGAAUUUUUUUACACUUCCUUUAAUUGUUCCUUUGCAGCUUUGUGGAAACAUCAUCAACAAAGUUUACUGUGACAAUCACUCUGUGGUGAAGCUGUCCUGCUACGACACCACAGUCAACAACAUUUUUGGAUUAAUUGUUACGGCUGUCUCAGUCUUUGGUCCUCUCAUUUUAAUUCUUUACACGUACAUGAUGAUUCUUAAAGUUUGUUCUGCUGGUUGUAAACAGAGCCGACAGAAAGCCGUCAGCACCUGCACGCCUCACCUGGUUUCUCUGCUCAACUUCACGUUUGGAGCUUGUUUUGAAAUAUUACAGAGCAGGUUUAAUAUGAGUGGAGUUCCCAACGCAUUACGCAUCUUUUUAUCGUUAUACUUCCUCACAUGCCCGCCCAUUCUCAACCCUUUAAUGUACGGCCUGAAACUGUCCAAAAUCCGUGUGACAUGUAAAAGUUUGAUAUCAAAUGUUGGCUUAUAG